AACAAAGCUGGGAACCUCGGAGUGAAGCUGAUCUUCGUGUGAACGCUGCUGGGAUCCCUUUGUAGCGCUUCAAAUGGGGCGCAAACGAGACCUGACGCCGCUCUGCUGCUGCUGCUGGAUCCUCAUCAACUCCGUGCUCUCUGAGGACUGGGAUCGUGUUCACACUGAGGACGAGCUCUUCAGGAGUUUGUUUAGAGGCUACAGCAAGUGGACUCGACCGGCGAAGAACGUCACAGACGUGGUCAUCGUCAAGUUUGGCCUGUCCAUCGCCCAGCUUAUAGAUGUGGAUGAGAAAAAUCAGAUGAUGACAACCAAUGUGUGGCUGAAACAGGAAUGGACGGAUUACAAGCUGCAGUGGAGUCCCUCCGACUUCAACAAUGUGACGUCCAUCAGAGUCCCUUCUGAACUCAUCUGGGUGCCCGACAUUGUGCUGUACAACAAUGCUGAUGGGGAGUUCGCCGUCACCCACAUGACCAAGGCACAGCUGUUUUACACCGGUCGUGUCCGCUGGGUACCGCCCGCCAUCUACAAGUCCUCCUGCUCCAUCGACGUCACUUUCUUCCCCUUUGACCAGCAGAGCUGCAAGAUGAAGUUCGGAUCCUGGACGUACGACCGCGCCAAGAUCGACCUGGAGCCAUUUGAGAACACCGUGGACCUGAAGGACUACUGGGAGAGUGGAGAAUGGGCAAUCGUCAACGCUGUAGGAACCUACAACACCAAGAAAUACGACUGCUGUCACGAGAUCUACCCCGACAUCACCUACUACUUCGUGAUCCGCCGCCUGCCGUUGUUCUACACCAUCAACCUCAUCAUCCCCUGCCUGCUCAUCUCCUGCCUGACCGUCCUGGUCUUCUACCUGCCAUCAGACUGCGGCGAGAAGAUCACGCUGUGCAUCUCCGUGCUGCUGUCGCUCACCGUCUUCCUGCUGCUCAUCACCGAGAUCAUCCCAUCCACAUCGCUAGUCAUCCCGCUGAUUGGGGAGUACCUGCUCUUCACUAUGAUCUUUGUCACGCUCUCAAUCAUCAUCACCGUGUUUGUUUUGAAUGUGCACCACCGAUCAUCAGAGACUCACACCAUGCCCCGGUGGGUUCGGAGGCUCUUCCUGUCUGUGGUGCCGCGCUGGCUCUGCAUGAAGCGCCCGCAUCAUGGACUCAGGCCUGCAAGGCGACACCACCUGAGUGAUAAACUCCUCCCUCUCCGGACUCCGGGCCCCUCCCACAGCAUCUGGAUCACUCAGGAGUCCGAUGUGGAUGCUGGAGAUGAAAUUAACCACUGGGACUUUCAUGGUUACUCAAACAUGGAGCAUUUGGAGAGGUUUGGGUCCCCGUCUUGUCUUUCUGCUCGGUCUCUGGGCUAUACACUCCUACCCCAGACACGGUCCACUGUCAGGUUAGAGUGGGAUACGCCUCCUGUGGAGUGUGGUUCGACCCAGAACCAGUGGGACUCUUCUUUGUCUCCUGCUGUCAUAUCCGCCCUGGAGGGAGUAACGUACAUCGCCGAACACCUAAGAGCAGAAGAUGCAGACUUUUCGGUGAAAGAGGACUGGAAGUAUGUGGCCAUGGUCGUAGACCGGAUCUUCCUGUGGAUGUUCAUCAUAGUGUGUCUGCUGGGGACCGUUGGACUCUUUCUGCCUCCGUGGCUCUCUGGGAUGAUUUAAAACCAAGACUAGAUGUUAAAAACAAUAAUAUGUUAUAUAAAAAAGUGGAAGAGCAUGGUUAACUUUUAAAUUUGUUGCAACAGACGAGUCUAGGAAACUUAUUUCAUGGAGGACGAAAAGUACAAAAAUUAAUAAUAAAGAGAAAUUAAUUAUUAAUGCAAAUAUUCAUAAAAUGAAAUGGCCUUAAUGUAUAAAAUGGGAUAUACUGAUAAUGUGUUUUAUUUGCUUGUGUCUUAUUUAUUCUCCAUUGUAUCUGUAAUUUUCUUCACUCUCACAUCUGCAUAUGUGGUUCUGUUUGUCUGUCUGUCUGGUUGUUAACAGUUUUUAAAUUUUGGGUGAUGGUAGAUAACAAAAACAACUUGAGCUAAAUUACAUUUUGGUGAAAUCUGGUCAAAGUCACAC